AUGGGAUCAUACGAAACAGGCCAGCAAGACACCAUGAAUGAAUCCUUUUCUCCAGGCUUCUUGUUCGAAGACGCUGCUGCUGAUCAAUUCUUCCAUGGGCUGGGAGAAGGUGAAAAUUACUUACAACAUGGCCAGCCAUACAUGGCUGUGGAAGAUGGAAUGAGUCCGGAAGGCUUUCUGGCUAGGAUGGAUAUCGAAGAGUCUCCAAGUUGGCUCAGUUCGAGCUUGAAUGGUAUCCAGCUGGACGCUAACGACAACCUCAAUCCACAAGUGCUAGGACACAGCGGGGACAUGGACCCUUAUCUGUUGCAGCAUUACCGCUACAACUCCACCUGUGCUACUUUCAAGUUCAAGCAGUUGACUGUACAUUCUGUCUGUCAAGAUAAAGUCCCUACCCAGUUCCUAGUCUCGCGGCCUGAAAUAUUUACGGUAGCGAGAAACGAAAUGGGUCUGCGUCAGGUCUCGACUGAGGUUGCAAGAGAAGAGCUGGAGGCGCUCGUGCCGGCCGAUACAGGUCUUCGGCUCAUUACAUUGUUUCGCAGAUUCAUCUUGUCUCAGUAUCCCAUCUUCUCAGAAUCUCACUUUCCGGGACCGCAGUCAAGUCCACCACAUCUACUUGCAGCUGUUUAUAUGGUAGCUCAACCUUUUGCCAAAUUCGAUGAUGUAUUAUCCGUGGAGCUGGCCUACGAGACGUUGAACAACCGAGCCCUCUUCCGGCUUGUGGCCGAAGCUCUACAGUUCGAGACACAUAAUCCCAGUCUGUCGACAGUGCAGACACUGCUACUGCUCGUAUCUCGUCCGUCGACCAAUCCUUUGGUGCUCGAAUCAUCCUUCAAAUGGUCUCUCCACGGCCAACUUGUCUCGACAGCUCAAAACUUGGGACUGCAAUACGACCCAGGCUCUUGGAACAUCGCUCCCUGGCAAAUAUCCCUACGCCGACGAAUCUCAUGCACCAUAUACACAACUGAUAAGUGGUUGGCAUCCAGCCUCGGCAGACCUCCCCUCGUUACGCGCGACACUUGGCUAGUGACAUCAGUCACAAGCAUGGAUUCUAACGAGUCCGGCUUGAGCUCAGAAAUAUGGUUGCACCACAUACUUUACGCAAAGCUUGGCUCAUUACUGGGGGACGUCCUUGCGCAACUCUAUAACCUUUCCAUCAGCUCUUUACGCGCAGUGCAAGAGACUACCUCCAAUGUCCAGCAUACCCUAAACAUCUCAAAAGUACUGCUGCAAGAGUUAUCCGAUUGGCAUCAAGACUGCCCACAGCCCGCUGAAAGCUCAGAUCAAGACGCGGUCUCGCUACCAACAAUUUGUAUUCUUGGCUAUCAUUACGUACAAAUGACCAUUUUUCGGGCCAUCAUGCGACCGUUUGUCGCAAAUUCUGGUCCAGUCGAGACUGGAGAUGCAGUCACUCACAGUCUCACGAAUCACCAAGACGUAAACGGCUUCGCGAGGACUGGAGUCAGGUCUUCAACCACUGCAGCCUCGAAGUAUGUCAAAAGUCUCAGGGAGGAGCAUUUUCACAUGUUCUGGCCGCAUUGGAGUCAGGUGGCCUUUUCUUGCAUCUGUUUCCUCAAUCUACUGAUGGCGAUUACCUCUCCAGACAUGCAGGAAGCAACUACUUGGUUUCGAGACCUGCAUAUGACUAGAAAAGAGAUGCGCCUUAAGUCGAACAUGUUACCCGUAUUGCGAUUGGGCCUACUAAGGAUAGAUGCCUUAUUCUGGAAAGGUAUCGACAAGGUACUACGGCUGCAGCCGCACGUGCAGGAUGCACUAGCUGCAAGUAUGGAUACAAGCACAUCAAACACUGCUAUGUGA